UCACAAUGGGCGUUUGCAUCUUAUCACUGCACUCUCUCUAAGGGAGCUGCCCCUGUCACUCAGGCAUCACUAGCCAAUCACGGCCUCCAGAUGGACUUCCAGUCAGAAUGUGGGCGGGUACUUCCGAUCCCACUUGGUGAAGGCUCCCGGGGCUCCGCGACUGAGGAAGGGAGACCCUCGUGUUCCGUGUGCUGCGCUGUGACCGGCUGCCGGGAGCUGGGAGGGGAGCGGGGCGAGCUGGGAAUUCGCCAUGGAUCCAGUGACCUAUGAGGAUGUGCAUGUGAACUUCACUCAUGAAGAGUGGGCUUUGCUGGAUCCUUCCCAGAAGAGUCUCUACAAAGAUGUGAUGCUGGAAACCUACUGGAACCUCACUUGUAUAGGUUACAAAUGGGAAGACCAUAAUAUUGAAGAACAUUGUCAGAGCUGUAGAAGAAAUGGAAGCAGGUGUGUCAUCUGUCACUCUGGAUACAAUCCAUGUGAGCAUAAGGGGUGUGGAAAGAAGCAUUGUAGUUCUGUCUCUCUCAGAACAAAUGGAAGAUAUGUGGUAGUCCCCACUAUGAGAGGACAUGACUGUGAUACAAGUUUACAAUUAACUGGUUUUCCAACUUUAGUGGAAAUUCAUCAACAAACUCUAUUUGGAGAAAAUGAGUACCAGGAAUAUGGAAAUUCAUCUCUCUUUUCUGGUUCACUGUGCACAUGUAGUGUGGCUCACAGUAUAAGAAAAUGUCAUGAAUGCAGUCAUUGUGGUCCAACUCUGAGUUCUUCAAGUUCUCUUCAAAGACAUGAAAAAAAUCAUAUGUUAAGAGAAAAUAAUAAAUGUGAGUCAUCUACUAAAUGCUUUAGCUAUUACCAGUAUCUUCAAACACACCAAACACCCAAUAAUGAAGAGAAUCUCUAUGAAUAUAAUCAAUGUGAUAAAGCCUUUAGAUGUGAUUGCUCUUUAAAACACCAAAGAACUCAUUUGGAAGGAAAACCCUGUGAGUAUAAUCAAAGAUAUAAAGGCUUUGCAUGUCACAGUCUUCACCAAGUACAUAGAAUUGAAACUAAGGAGAAAAGGUAUGAAUCUCAGCAAUGUGAUAAAGCCUUUGCAUGUCCCAUAAUACAGAAUAGAAGUUAUACUGGAGAGAAACCCUAUGAAUGUCAUGAAUGUGGUAAAACCUUUGCACAGAAGAAUUAUCUUCUCAUUCAUGAAAGAAUUCAUACUGGAGAGAAACCUUAUCAAUGUAAUCAGUGUGGCAAAGCCUUUGUACAGAAGCGUGAUCUUCACAGACAUGAACGAAUUCAUACUGGAGAGAAACCCUAUGAAUGUAAUCAAUGUGGUAAAGCCUUUGCACAGAAGAGUAAUCUUCAAAGUCAUGAAAGAAUUCAUACUGGAGAGAAACCCUAUGAAUGUAAUCAAUGCGGUAAAGCCUUUGCAGAGAAGAGAAGUCUUCAAAGUCAUGAAAGAUUUCACACUGGAGAGAAACCUUAUAAAUGUAAUCAAUGUGGUAAAGCCUUUAGAGUGAAGAAUAGUCUUCUCAGUCAUGAAAGAAUUCAUACUGGAGAGAAACCCUAUGAAUGUCAUGAAUGUGGUAAAACCUUUGCACAAGAGAGUUAUCUUCUCAGUCAUGAAAGAAUUCAUACUGGAGAGAAACCUUAUGCAUGUAAUCAAUGUGGUAAAGCAUUUGCAAAGAUGCGUGAUCUUCACAGACAUGAAAUAACUCAUACUGGGGAGAAACCCUAUGUAUGUAAUGAAUGUGGCAAAGCCUUUGCACAGAAGGGUCAUCUUCUCAGUCACAAAAGAAUUCAUACUGGAGAGAAACCCUAUAAAUGUAAUCAAUGUGGUAAAGCAUUUGCACUGAAGAGUCAUCUUCUCAGUCAUGAAAGAGUUCAUACUGGAGAGAAACCCUUUGAAUGUAAUCAGUGUGGUAAAGCAUUUGCACAGAAGAGUCAUGUUCUCAGUCAUGAAAGAAUUCAUACUGGAGAGAAGCCCUAUGAAUGUAAUCAAUGUGGUAAAGCCUUUGUAGAAAAGAGUCAUCUUCUCUGUCAUGAAAGAAUUCAUACUGGAGAGAAACCCUAUGCAUGUAGUCAAUGUGGUAAAGCCUUUGCACAGAAGAGUCAUCUUCAAAGACAUGAAAGUCUUCAUACUGGAGAGAAACCCUAUGAAUGUAAUCAAUGUGGUAAAGCAUUUGCAUAUAACAGUCAUCUUCUCAGUCACUUAAAAAUUCAUACUGGAGAGAAACCCUAUGAAUGUAAUCAAUGUGGUAAAGCAUUUGCACAGAUGCACGAUCUUCACAGACAUGAAUUAAUUCAUACUGGUGAGAAUCCCUGUGAAUGUAAUUAAUGUGGCAAAGCCUUUACAGAGAAGAGAAUUGUUCACAGACAUGAAAUAAUUCAUUCAGGAGAGAAACCCUUUGAAUGUAAUCAAUGUGGUCAAGCCUUUGCAGAAAGAGUGUUCUUCACAGAUAUGAAAUAAUUCAUACUGGAGAGAAACCCUAUGAAUGCAAUCAAUGUGGUAAAGCCUUUGCACAGAAGAGUCACCUUCUCAGUCAUGUAAGAAUUCAAACUGGAGAGAAACCCUAUGAAUGUAAUGAAUGUGGUAAAGCCUUUACAGAGAAGAGAAGUCUUCAUAGUCAUGAAAGAAUUCAUACUUGGGAAGAAACUCUGAAUGUAAUGAAUGUGGUAAUAACUUUGCACACAAGAGUCAUCUUUACAGUCAUGAAAAAAUUCAUUCUGUACAGUACCAUAUGGAUGUAAUCGAUGUGGUAAUUUCAGGUGUGAUCUGCCAUGUGGGUGCUUGAAACUGAAUUGUGUUUUCUGCAAGAGGUACUUGCUGGAGUCCAGCUCCAUAGGGGUUCAGGUCCCUAACAGGAGAUGGGGCAUUAGCAAAAGAAGGAGACUGCCCCAUCCUUAGCAUGAAUCGGCAUGGCUGCUGCUUUAUUGAAAAAGUAUUAUACCCUUUAUACUGUAUAACUGAAUCUCAGUUUAGACUAAAGCAAGGUUAAAAACAGACUCAAUUCCAGGAUAAAAGCAGCUAUCAACCUCAUCACAGCAUUUUUUUGAGGCAAAAGUGGUAAAUUCAGCAAGUAUCCAAAUGCCUUUAUGGAUGUGAGCCCAUUGUUUCCUUCCAGUGUGCUUUCAUCCUUGGAACUAGGUAUGCCCAGUUAGUAAAUCAUUAAGUUCUCUAUGCUUGGUGUAUUCAGUGGGAUACAAUGGGGUUUCUUGUGUGUGAGAUUAGGCAUAGUCAUUAUGCUAUAUGGUUCCAUGGUGGUGGGCAUUUUUUCCAAGAUUUUUGUUUAAAUAGACUGCCUAUGUAUACAUUCUCAUCUUUUAUUGUAGCUCACAAAAAAAUUUCCCACAAUAAAAGGGAUAAGGAGACUUCAUCACAUAUAGUGAGAAUUAUUAAAAUUGAAAUAAAAAGAUGCUGGAGAAUUAAGAUCUACAAUGUCAAAAUGCUGGAACUUUGUCAAGUAGCAAUGGUCAUUGUGCAGUCUCCACCAGGUACUAAACUGCUAAACCAUCUCUCAUCCCUUUUAUUUAUUUAUUUG